AUGGCUGCGAAAACGAUUGCCGUUCUCGAUGAAUCUGAGCUUGUCGAUGGCCAAAUGAAAGAAGUCGAGUUUGAGAAAGGGAAGGUUUUAUUAUCCCGCAUUGGAGAUAAGAUACACGCUACCAGCGCAUUUUGCACACAUUAUGGUGCACCGUUAGUUAAAGGAGUCCUCACGGCCGACGGAAGGAUAGUCUGGUACGUUCAAUCCCCUCUAUUGACUUGGUAA